UACGCGACAUGGAAGCGGCCGGGAGUCAGGCGGAGCGCGCCGUGCUGGAGGUCCUUGCCGAAGUAGCAGACUUUCUGGAGCCUGUAGGACUGCAAGAAGAGGCCGGACUGCCAGCCCAGAUGCUGGCAGAGUUUGAGAGGAACUCACGAAAGAAAGACAAGCUUCUGUGCAGCCAGCUUCAGGUAGCCGACUUCCUACAGAACUUCGUGGCCAAGAAGGGUACAGCCCAGGGACUGGACCCCUUGGCUUCUGAAGAUACUAGCCGACAGAAGGCAGUUGAAGCCAAGGAGCAAUGGAAAGAGCUGAAGGCCACCUACCAAGACCAGGUGGAAGUCAUCAGAAAUAGUGUGACCCAGGCCCUAACCCAGUUGGAGGAGGCCCAGAGGAAGCGGACACAGCUUCAGCAGGCCCUUGAGCAGCAUCAGGUCAAGAAGAGGGUGGCCAUGGAGAAACUCAGAACAGCCCAGAAGCAGUGGCAGCUGCAACAGGAGAAGCAUCUGCAACAUCUAGCAGAAGUUUCUGCAGAGAUCAGGGAACAGAAGACUGGAACACAGCAGGAGCUUGAACAGCUGUCUCAGGAACUUGGAAACCUGAAGCAGCAGGCAGGACUGGUGCAGGACCAGCUGCAGAGGCACCAGAACUUCCUUCAACUCCUGUUUACCCUGCAAGGGAAGGUACCAUGCCCUGAGGCUGAUACUCAGGCCAAAGCCAAGGCUGAGCUACCAGCAGAGCUGCCAGUUUACCUGAAUUUCCUUGGGAACACUAUGGAGAAAGAAGGUAAAUGAAAGAUGGGACAGGCAGUCAGCAGGUGCAGAGAGAAGCUGAGAGACUGGCCUUAUCUACUGCUGAGAUGUUUUUCCAAGUCUAGUAGCAUACAUCUUGCUGUAUAUAUAAGCUUACCAUGGCUUCUUGGAUAGAAGCAUGGGAAUGGAUCCUAGAGUGUAGCAGAACCCAACUCAGUUGUAAUAUCCCUCUCCUAUGUAUAAGAAAGAAUAUAGGGUCUGUCAUCUGCCUUUUGUUUACAUGUAACCCCUGCCCAUGGAAUCAAUUGCAAGGGGAAAGGAGAUGGCGGAAGUUUAGCACUGAGCCCUAUGCUCUAUUCAACCCAGGGAUAAACCCUCUUCUUUUCCAGCAAGGUAGUAUGUGAAUUCCUGAGUGCAGUCUGAUUGGUGACCAUAAUUAAUGUGGGGGUAAAAAGUCUUAUCUGUAAAAAGCCCUGAAUCUCUGCCAGUUACCAUUUUAUUUGUUGAUUUUUAUGUGCUUGUGGGAAGAACUACAUGACAGGAGCUUGGAAGCGUUUCUUGGCCUGUGUAAUCAUUCUUUGCUUGUUCAGAUUCAUGUAGUGCAAGUAUGCUGAGCUUAAUGGAAGGAAGGGAAGAAUGGCUAUGCAGUUGGUUAGAUGUGGUUCAGAUGGUUGUUGAAUUCUUGGCUUUGUGCUAGGGCUUUUACUGUAACCAUAGUAACAUGUUCACAUGUUACAUGUCUGACCCUGCUUUCAGAUAACCUGAUGCUUCAUUCCUUAUUUGUGUGUGGGGGUGUGUGUAUGUGUGUGUGUGUACCUUAUCCAAAUAUUUGCUGUGACCACUACUUCAUAUCUUCAUUUUAAAACAAAUUGUCAAAGAUGAAAAAAGAUUAGCUUGUGUAAGUCACCAUUGAUUUUUACUGAAACCUUGAGGUCAGUUUCUGCUUUCUGUAUUUGAAUGAAAAAGAUUUACUGCUUAUGUAAACUCCUGUUUUUGUUUUUUGUUUUGUUUUGUUUUUUCAAAAAUAACCUUGUAUAUUUGGAUCUUUGCUUUUUCGAAUAAACAUUUAAGGCUAAAAAUUUCUUCUGACUUUCUCUAUUUUCACAGCCAAAAGACUG